GAAAGUCAUUGUUGGAGUUGUGUGUGUGUGUGUGUGUGUAUAUGUGUUUAUCUUUUCUUUUUUUUCUUUGUUGACGCGCUGCGUUUGCGCUUCUGCUUGACCUCUGCGCGUAUUUGUCGACCGAAGUGAAGCCAUGAAGCCGACCGAGAAGUUGUGGAGUCGCUGUCCGGUAUGAGACGUGGAAGGCUGCAGAGGUGUCCACACAGACAAGACUCGGGACGACUGGAGUGCAAGAACCGGAUCAACAGGACGGUGGCGUGGGGCGGUCGCUUUCUGCACACACUUAAAACAAUGGAAAACUCCCUCUUUUCACACCGAUCCGUCAUUAUGAGCAGAGACUAGGCGCUUCGCUGCAGCUGCGAUGGUCUAAACCUAAACACACUUUACUGUGUUUACUGUGGACUGAAUCCAAAUGAGAGGUCUGAUGGGAAAGAAAUAAAUUGUGUGUCUGCUGCGAAUAGAGAUAGGAAUUUGUCUUUCUCCACUGAGCGUUGAUGAGCACGCUGAGUGACACCAUGUGGAGCCCGGGGACGUGGAUGUGGCGAGCGGCUCUGUGCUGCGUGCUUCUGGAAACAUUAACGCACACCGCCAGAGGUCUCAACAUGUGCAUGAGUGGCAGCGCGACGUCCUGUGAAGAAUGUCUCCUGAUUCACCCCAGUUGUGCCUGGUGCGCACAAGAGGAUUUUGGGAGGGGGCGGACUCUGAAGUCACGGUGCGAUUUCAGUCACAACCUGCUGAGGAGGGGCUGCGAGGUUCGGUUCAUCGAGUACCCGACCAGCACCAUCGCGAUCUUGCAGAACAUGCCCCUGAGUUCUAAAGGGUCCGGGGCGAGCCAGUACGAUGCCGUCCAGAUUAUGCCUCAGAAAAUCUCCCUCAGCCUGCGGCCGGGAGACCAGACGUGGUUCGGAGUGCAGGUGCGGCAGGUGGAGGACUACCCGGUGGAUCUCUACUACCUGAUGGACCUGUCUCUUUCCAUGAAAGACGACCUGGACACCAUCCGUAACCUGGGCACCAAGUUGGCCCAGGAGAUGGGAAAGCUCACCAGCAACUUCAGGCUGGGCUUCGGCACCUUUGUGGACAAAAACAUAUCCCCCUUCUCCUACACAUCGCCCAAGUAUCAAGAGAAUCCAUGCAGUGGAUACAAACUGUUCCCCAACUGCGUCCCCACCUUCGGUUUCCGCCACAUCCUCUCGCUGACGGACAAAGUGGACCGCUUCAACGAGGAGGUGCAGAAGCAGAUGGUAUCUCGCAACCGGGACGCACCAGAGGGCGGGUUCGACGCCAUCCUGCAGGCAGCUGUUUGUAAGGAUGAAAUAGGCUGGAGGAAGGAGGCCUACCACCUGCUGGUGUUCGCCACGGACGACGUGCCUCACCUGGCUCUGGACGGCCGGCUGGGCGGCCUCGUCCAGCCCCACGACGGACAGUGUCACCUCAAUGACAAGAACGAGUACAGCGCCUCCACAAAGAUGGACUACCCUUCUCUGGCUCUCCUCGGGGAGAAACUGGCAGAAAAUAACAUCUUUCUCAUCUUCGCCGUCACAAAACGCCUUUACGUCAUUUAUAAGAACUUCACUGCACUCAUACCUGGGACGACAGUGGAAAUCCUGGAUCAGGACUCCAAGAACGUGAUUCAGCUCAUCAUCAACGCCUACAAUAACAUCCGCUCUAAAGUGGAGCUGACAGUGUGGGACCACCCAGAGGACAUCAGCCUUUCCUUCACCGCCACCUGCCAGGAUGGGAAACCGCUGCCAGGCCUCAGGAAGUGUGCCGACCUAAAGAUAGGAGACACGGUUUCGUUCAACGUGAGCGUGGAGGCGCGGAGCUGCCCCCCCCGCGGCGCCGACCAGAGCUUCACCAUCAAGCCGGUGGGGUUCAAAGACCGUCUGGAGGUGGCGGUGGAUUAUCAGUGUGACUGCGGCUGCAGCCGGACGGCGCAGACCAACAGCAGCAUCUGCAGCUCCAUAGGUACCUAUCACUGCGGCACGUGUCACUGCGAGCCGGGCUACCUGGGCGCCCGCUGCGAGUGUCAGGAGGGCGAGGCCAGCAGCAUGUACCUCAGCGCCUGCCGGGAGGCCGAGGGCAAGCAGAUCUGCAGCGGGCGGGGAGAGUGCAGCUGCAACCAGUGUCUGUGCUACGAAUCGGAGUUCGGGAAGAUCUACGGCAGCUUCUGCGAGUGCGACGACUUCUCCUGCGCCCGGCACAAAGGCAUCCUCUGCUCAGGUCACGGAGAAUGUCACUGCGGGGAGUGUAAGUGUCACGCCGGUUACAUCGGCGACAACUGCAACUGCUCCACAGAGACGUCGUCCUGCGUUUCCGAUGACGGCCAGAUGUGCAGCGGGCGCGGCAGCUGCGUGUGCGGCCGCUGUCAGUGCACCGAGCCGGGGGCCUUCGGAGAUACCUGUGAAAAAUGCCCCACCUGCCCCGAUGCCUGUGGCACUAAACGGGAGUGUAUCGAGUGCCGGCUCUUCAACUCGGGACAACUUGCAGACAACCAGACUUGCCAGCGCCUGUGCAAGGAUGAAAUCAUCACUGUGGAGACCCUCAAGACUGACGACCCCGGCGCCGUGCUCUGUCUGUACAAGACGGACAACGACUGCGUCAUGAAAUUCACGUACUCCGAGCACGCCAGCGGACAGUCCAUCCUCACUGCUCUUAAAGAGCCAGAGUGUGGCGGCGGGCCUGACGCCAUGACGGUGCUGCUGGCCGUGGUCGGCAGCAUCCUGCUGGUGGGAGUCGUGCUGCUCGCUGUGUGGAAGCUGGUCAUCACCAUUCAUGACCGGCGAGAGUUUGCACGCUUCCAGAGCGCACGCUCACGUGCCCGCUAUGAGAUGGCCUCCAACCCUCUGUACAAGCAGCCGGUCUCUACGCACUUCGUAGAAACAGAUUUCAACAUGUACGGGAAGUCCUACAACGGGGGGGUCCACUGAUCCCUCAGCACAGGGCUCGGCAGGACCGGUCCGACUAACAGAUCCCUGGAGGACGGCGGACUGAACACACUCAUCCCUCUGCACAGUGCACAACUGAGAACACAAGUGAAAUGAACUAGACUGUGUC